AUGCCAUAUAUUGAUCUCCGUCUUGGAUUUCUAAUCCUUAUGGAAUACUGCUCUCCUACGAACGAAGCUGAAUGCAUUGAGGAGGAUCGGGUAAAUCCUCGAUAUUUCGACUUGGGUGUCGGGGAGCAUGAACUACCUGAUUUACCGAUGGUAGCUUCAUGUCAUUUUGAUCUUGUUUCCUGGAGUCUGUUUAUCGCCCCAGAGGCAGCCUAUAUAGUCGCCAGCAAGAUGCCACAUCUUCGAAAGGUUGAAAUGCAUCUCAGCGACAUGGAGACACGAAACCCGGCGUUGAGAAUCAAGUUGAGAGAAGUGCCACACACCAUGGUUGAUUUCGAGGUCUACUACGCCAGACUCAUUCCUCGAGAUCAUUCAUAUGUUUCUGCAAGUAUCAUACCAUCAAACGAACAACACGACCCUCUCAGCCAAGCACUCUUCAACAUUUCGCAACGAGAGGAUUUUAUUAGGUUCUCGGCAAAGGGAAGUUUUGAUUUGAAAAUGAUGGGGAUGUCAGAGACAGUACUGUCUGCAAGUUGGCCAAAGUUGGAAAACUACGAGAUCGGCUUACUGGGUCGUCACCCCGUCUGGACAGUGCUGUUCCUUCCACCAUCAACGCACCUAACACUGAUUGGGGAAAUUACGAAAUUACGGGGUUACGAAGAAUGGGGCGCACCGAGGGUAAAACCGAGAACUUGGUUCGCGACGUCCAACAUCAACGAGUUUAGAGGUCCGAUCGACCCAGGUUACGCCCACCAUCUCCUCUGCGCCGCAAGACGAGCAGCAUCACACAUGACCUGUUUAAAAAGGAUGCAAAUCAAUGUUGGCGUUGUAGUAUUCAGCAUGGUACGCAAGAGAAGCAGUCCAUGCAUGUGCAUUAUUGGGGAGGAGCUUCAACCGCCCGCUGAGAAACUGCCGAAACUCUGGAGACGGGUGGCUGAAGACCAUGAUCAACAAUUCAGUAUUGCAAUCACAGACUUUGCAAAGGAUAACAAGAUAAGGGAACAUUUCAGUUGA